AUGACCUUCACGCAGGGUCCCAGCGGUUUGACCUUCUACUCAGCUGCGAACCGAUCCCAUCAGUAUGAAACUCCCACCAAGGUGUCGUGUUCGUACUGUCAGACACCUAUUAUGGACGAAGGUCGCAAUAUGUGUCUGAUCUUCCCCUCCUCUAUUGAGUAUGGGGAGGACUACGAGAAGUGGAGGAAUGCAUUUGAAGUCGACUUCUGUCGUCCCUCCCACGAAUACCAACGUUUCGGUCUCCCUUAUGAGUCCUCGGGAGGCACCAGCAGUCCUCGCAAGGCCUCACGUCCAGGUGCAGUGUCGCCGCUGAUCCACCUCAAAGGUAUCCGCGAGACGAGUUACGGGAUUGCCCUGAUCGCCCUGCAGUACCAGGGACAGGAAACCGCGGUUACGACGAUAGCGACUAUUUGCGCCUUCGUGGGCCUGGGAGACGGGUUCGUGGUGUGGAAGUACGGCGGCGAGCAGUUGAAGAUGAAAGCGCUGGGACACUGGGUGGCGUUUUUUGGGUUUGGGGGUUGGGCUUUGUGGAGGACUUUUUGA